AUGUAUAGGCCAUAUGACUCGUAUAUGACGAAUCCUCAUAAUAAUUUACAGUGGCAUAACAAUCGUUCUAUAAACAGUACACAAGGUAGAUUUUCAACAAGUCCACAUUACAGCCAUACUUUUAGUGGUUGUGCUUCAAUAAAUGAAACUUAUAGCAAUGAAUACUGGUGUGAAACAUGUGACAGGGGUUUCAGGACCCAAAGUAUACUUGAAAAUCAUAAAAAACAACAUCAGAAAUGUAACAUAGACGGUUGUCAAUUUAUUGCACACCCUAAAGUUAUUACAAGGCAUAUUCAAAUGCAACAUUCAACGGGCCUGUAUAAAAAAAUUGCUAAUUUAACUAAUGCUGAAGAAAUUGAAAAAUGGAGACAAGAAAGAAGAAAAAAGUAUCCUACUAAAAGCAAUAUUGAAAAGAAAAAGUCAGAAAUUCAGGAGAAAAUUGAUAGAGGAGAAAAAAUGGGUUUAAGGAAGAAGAAAGAAAUGGAGGUGCAGAGAAAUUACACUAAAGAAAAUAACAAAAAGGAACACAAAAAAUUAAAAAGACACUUACCCACAAAUACUCCGGGAAAAAGGAUAGUCCCUGCAAAAAUUGUAAGAUUCGAGGUAAAUAUGGAAGGAUCAAGGGGUCUAAAGCCAUUUAGAGGCAUUCAACAAUUAAUAGAAAGUAAUGUAGUUGAUGAAUAUUCUCCACAUGAAAUAUCAAACAAAAAUGAUUUGUUCGAAGAUGAGGACUACGUUGAAGACAUUCCAAAGAAAGAAUGUAAUGCACAAGAUCUGCAAAUAUGUGGUGCCCUUAUUUCCAUAUUAAAUGAUUAUGGUUCAAGUGAUGACGACAUAGAUAUAAUAAAGACAAGUGAUUCAAUAAAAAAAGACGAAAGUAAUAGGGAAAAAAUCAAUCCAAAUAUUAAAAUUUCUGAAGAGGAAGAUAGUGGUCCUGAAGAAAUAAAAAUUGACAAAGAUAUAACAAAAAAUAAUACAGAAAGUACCAGAAGCAGUGUGAUGGAAUCAAAGAAAGCAGAAAAUAAGAUAAAAAAAUCAGAUAACAAAAACCAACAAGCUAAUAAAAAAAAGCUUCAGAGAAAUGUUCCUAUCAGAAGAAAACUUCCUUCCACCUUACUUGAAAAACUUUUAAGCAAUGAAAUAAGAAAAGAGCGAAAUAUUAUCUUGCAAUGCAUCAGACAUGUAAAUAAGAAUAACUUUUUUUUAUAA